AUGCCUAUCAUCCUCUCGGCCGGCACAAUAGGCACCCCAAAGCUCCUCAUGCUCUCUGGCAUUGGAUCCUCCGCUACUCUUCAAUCUCUCAACAUCACGCCCAUUGUCAAUCUUCCCGACGUAGGCCAGAAUCUGACGGAUCAUCCGCUGAUCCCUGUGUACUGGACCGUGCAGCGAAACACCACCGUAGACCCCAUAUUGCAGAACCAGACCAUAUUUGCAGAAAACCUACGGCAGUGGAACCAAACAGGCCAAGGACCGAUGGUAGAUAGCUACGGCAACAUCAUGGCUUUCCAACGCCUCCCAAAGAACGCGAGCAUAUGGCAGAGCAUCAGUGAAGAUCCUGCAGCUGGACCCCUAUCCGGUCACACGGAGUUGUUAUUCGCUGUAAGAUACUUCCCAUACCUAGCCACGGUACGAGGAGCGACUAACCAGUAG